AUGGCCGGCCCUGUUCCCACCACUUCCUCCCUCGCCGACAUCUACACCGAAGAUGCGCUUCCCAUUCAGACCAAGCGCUGGUCCUCGCUGCUCGACCAGUUCAAGACCCAGUUCGGCCAUUCAGCAACCUUUGUCGCCCGCUCGCCCGGCCGCGUCAACAUCAUUGGCGAGCACAUCGACUACUCCCUCUACUCCGUUCUGCCCAUGGCUAUAACCGCUGACGCCAUCCUCGCCUUCUCCGUUUCCGACACUCCUGCUGACUCCGAUACCUUCAAGCUUGAGGUCGCAAACCUCCAAGGCGACAAGUUCCCCGCACGCACUUUCGAUGUCGCCAUUGACGGAGACGUGCCCAUCGACGCCAAGGUCCACGAGUGGUCCAACUACUUCAAGAGCGGUCUCCGUGGUGCUCUCGAGCUGUUGCGCCGCAAGCAUGGCUCCGGAUUCAGGCCCCAGGGCAUGAAGGUUCUCAUGGACGGCUCCGUCCCCAUCGGAGGAGGUCUCAGCUCCAGUGCCGCCUUUACGAGCGCCUCGGCUUUGGCUGUGAUGCUUGCCAACGGCGAGAAGAGCAUCGACAAGACGGAACUGACCGAGCUUGCCAUUGUCAGUGAGCGCGCCGUCGGUGUUAACUCUGGAGGCAUGGACCAGUCCGCCUCUGUCUUCUCCCAGCGCGGAUCCGCUCUCUUCGUCUCCUUCACUCCCUCCCUGACCGCCCGCUCCGUCUUCUUCCCCACCACCAACCCUGAGCUCAGCUUCGUCAUUGCUCAGUCCUUCGUCACAUCCAACAAGCAGGUUACUGGCCCCAUCCACUACAACCUCCGCGUCGUUGAGUGCAGUAUGGCCGGUGCAUUCCUCAACGCCGCUCUCAACCCCGCCGGUACCAAGCUGCCCAAGGACGCCUCGCCUCUUGGCAUCUCCAUUCACGGCUUCCACGAUGCCUACUUCGCCACACACGAGCAGCCCCAGGCUGACAACGCAUCUCACGAGGAAGCUGCCGAGGCCCAGCUCCGCGUCCUCAUCGACGUUACCAAGAAGACGCUCACCAGCGAGGAGGGUUAUACCCGCGAGGAGAUCGCCAAGGUGCUGGGUAUCUCCGUUCAGGAGCUCGAGGAGAUCUUCAUGUCGAAGCUCUCUGUUCGCGCCGAGCGCUUCAAGCUGCGCCAGCGCGCUCUGCACGUCUUUGAGGAGGCUCUGCGCGUGCUGCAGUUCAUGAAGGUGCUUGAGAAGGAGGCCCCCACCGACACUGCCGACACCACAGCAUACAACAAGCGUCUCGGCGACCUGCUCAACCAGACGCAGGUCUCGUGCCGCGACCAGUACGAGUGCAGUGCGCCGGAGAUUGACGAGCUUUGCCGUAUUGCGGUCGAGAACGGAUCUUACGGAAGCAGACUUACCGGUGCCGGCUGGGGUGGUUGCACCGUUCACAUGGUCCCCGCAGACAAGGUUGCCGCCGUCAAGGAGGCGUGGGAGCGCGAAUACUACUCCAAGCGCGAGCUGACGGAGGAGCAGAAGGAGGGUGCUGUUGUUGUGAGCAAGCCCGGCAGCGGAGCCACGACGUACGUCCUCAAGGAUGGUGCCUUGUAA